CUGCAGUUACAUCUACCUAACUAAUCAAUACGUGAUACCUCUGAUAAGAAAUUAAAAUGUCUUUGGUGACAAAUUUAAAAAAAUUUUUCAUGAAGAGCAAUUUCGAUUUUGACGCUCCAGUGAUCACCCUGUACGAGUUUCAUCCCCAAUUACGCUUGUUUUUGGCAGCUAUGGGGGUGUUUUUCAACAAUCGUGAUUCUCGCAUCAGGUUCUUUUGGCCAAUCAUUUGUGUCAUACUCGCCAUCGUGGCCGUCACCUUAGAAGGCAUUUUCAUCUACCACUUCAUUAUGAUCGAGGACUAUUCAAUCGCCACAGAGUGCUUCUGCUACUUCGUGUUACUUGGCAUCAUUCCCUUUAUUUACAUAACCGUUAUGUACAAUAAACAAAACAUUCUAGAACUCGUUGAAAACAUGAACAAUGACUUCAUCUAUAUUUCCAAGCUUUCGCCCAAAUAUCGAGACAGCUUCUUCAAAGGCCACUUGCUGAUCUACAAGCUUUGCUAUGCAUGGCUCGUCUUUACACUUGUUAUCGCCGCCAUGUAUAUCAGCGGAACCCUGACGCCCCUCCUCUGGUUGAGUCUCUUCGCCACCCAGGACGAGAACACGAUCAGGCCCUUGAUGUUCCCCAUGUGGCUGCCCGAGGACGACCCCUACAGGACCCCAAACUAUGAAGUUUUCAUGUUCUUUCAAAUCAGCUUCUGUUUCAUUUAUAUUCAAACUUUUUGCGUAUACGUGUACACAGAGUUCCACAUACUCUUGCACUACUACAAUUUAAUGGAACUGUUGAUCAUGGACUUUGGAGUAAUCUUCGAUGGGCUCGACGAGAGGGUCUUUGACCUGCCCCGCUGGGACCCGCAACGAGUAUAUGUUCAAGAUACUCUAAGGAAAAGGAUGCGCCGUAUUGUACAAUGGCAUUUGUCUAUUUUCAAAGCGAUCACCACAGUAUCGUCAGUUUAUGGUCCUCCACUAGUCUACCAAGUGAUGUUCACCUCGUUAGCUCUGUGUUUGAUGGGUUACCAAAUAGCAGAUAAACUUGACCACGGCAAGUUUGACAUUCUGUUCUCAAUGCUGUUUGUUGGAGCCUUAAUCCAGCUUUGGAUUCCUUGUUACCUGGGCACUAUGAUCAGAAAUAAGGGGUUCGCGGUGGGCGACGCGUGUUGGAACUGCGGCUGGCACGAAACCUCGCUGGGUCGGAUGCUGCGCACAGACAUCAUCAUCCUCAUGCACCGCUCCCAGCAGCCUGUCGUCAUAAAGUUCACCGGUCUGCCGCAUCUCCAGUUGGAGACCUUCUCAUCGAUUGUCAGCACUGCUUACUCAUACUUCAAUAUGUUACGUCAGUAUAAUGCUGAAAUGUAAAUGAACUACUUAUACCACUACUAUAUAAAAAUUUUAUUUACUUAUUCACAAAAUAAUUACAUUAUCUACUUCGAUUUUCUC